AUGUCAACGAAAAAAUAUAUAAAGACCCCACAACAUGAACUUUCAAACCAAAAUCAAAUCAUAUCUUUACUAUCAAAUAAACUAUCACAACACUAUUACAACACUAUUACAAAACUUUACAAAACUACUACAAAACUACUACAAACUACUUCAAAACUACUUCAAAACUACUACAAUGAAUCAUCUGGUGUUCUAGAUAAGUUCUGUAGCAGAUUAUUGAACAAAAAAGAACUUGAAUGCGUAUUACCUGAAUUAAAGAAUUCUUUAGCUACCGUUGAACAGACCAAAAAAAGUGCUACUGAAGAGAUAAUUGACAUUUUCGAGACCAAACCUUUGAGUACUGCAUGCACUACUGGAAAAGUUCUAUCGAUUAAUAAUGAUUUGCCUAAUGAUUUGCUAAAAACUGUUAGUCACCUUGCAAAUAUAUGUGAAAUAGUAGAACACGUACCCAAUUCUGCAGUUAAUGUCGUGAAUGGAGUUAACCCUAAAGCUAAUGUCGACCCCAAUGCUCAAGUUCACCCUAAUGCUGGUGUCGACCCUAAAGCUAAAGUCGACCCUAAAACUGGUGUCGACCCUAAUGCUAGAGUCUCUACUUAA